CGCGGAGAGACAGGACUUAGACAGAUUUGAUGAGAAAGAGCGAGCGCGCGCUCGAGAGAGAGAGAGAUUAAGGGUUCGCGGUGGUGCUGGUUAAUCCUCUGAGACACUCGGACCCAAAGCGCCGCCGCUCUGGAGCACAGCAGCCAUUUUUAUGGACCGUUUGUGGGAAAAGUGGACUUGGAGGAGGAAGACAGCAAGCUGAGGGAGAAAACAGGACAACUUUUCUUUCACCUCGGGUUUUUCACUUCCCAGCUGCUGACUGCCCGUUUCCCUCCCCGGACUCUCUGAGUGUUUAUUCACUUAUUUCACCUCAGGGCUGAUUUAAACAGCACAAACACGAGCAUGAAGGACCGACUGGAGCAGCUGAAGGCGACUUGUGACCAUGACGACGAGGAUGUUGAGAUCGCUGUGGAUAAUGCAGCAUUCAUGGAUGACUUUUUUUCCCAGAUUGAAGAAAUCCGAAACAGCAUCGAUAAGAUUGAUGAAAACGUAGCUGAAGUGAAGAAACUUUAUUCCGUUAUUCUGUCUGCGCCGACAUCUGAUCAGAAAACACAAGAUGACCUGGAGGCUCUUACCAAUGACAUUAAGAAAAUGGCCAACAAUGCACGCAACAAGCUGAAGACCAUUGAGAGGGAGUUUGAAACAAGCGAAGGGGAAAGAGUGUCAGCUGACAUGAGAAUACGCAAAUCACAGCAUGCAGUUCUCUCCAGGAAGUUUGUGGACGUAAUGACAAAAUACAACGAAGCCCAGGUGGACUUCAGAGAUAAGAGCAAAGGACGCAUCCAGAGACAGUUAGAGAUCACUGGUAAAGUCACCACUGAUGAGGAGCUGGAGGAAAUGUUGGAGGGGGGCAAUGCAGCGGUCUUCACCGCCGGGAUCAUAGACUCGGGAAUCUCUAAGCAGGCACUGAACGAGAUCGAAUCUCGUCACAAAGACAUCGUGAGGCUGGAGAGCAGCAUCAAGGAACUACACGACAUGUUCGUGGACAUCGCUAUGCUCGUGGAGAAUCAGGGGGACAUCAUUGAUAACAUUGAGGCAAAUGUAUCAAAAGCAGAGGAUCAUGUUGCAGCAGCAAAGGUUGAAACUAAGAAAGCAGUCAGGUAUCAGAGCAAAGCACGGAAGAAAAUGAUCAUCUUGGGUGUGAUCUGUGCUGUGGUUUUGGUCAUCAUCAUUAUCAUCAUACUCACACAGACGCUCUGAGACUACACUCAUUUCUGUGACCCCUCCCACUCUAGUCAUUUAAUCCAUCCGUGGCAUUCCUGGUCCCUCUUUUCUCUCUCAUCCCUGCUCAAGAGGUAAGACAGAAGAUCUCGUCUGUCACGGUGCCCUCCACUGACGGUUGGACGAUUCCUCACCACGGCUGUUUGAAAACGUGCUUUCGGGUAAAGCACUUCGACUGCUGGGCCGCCUGCAAAGCAAAUCUGUUUUGCAUAAAUGGGCAGGACUAUUUUGUUGAAGUAUGGCUUGUACAGAGAAAUAGACCUCCACUUUCUUGCCUUAACAUUUCUGAUAGUGUGCCCGACAGCAAAGACUCUACUAAUCAUCCAUGGAACCAAAAGUGGUUUUACUGUAUGUUAUAAUUUAUUAUUUUCUAUUUCUUCCUUCAACAUCUUUACAUCAUCCAGUCAACUUGCCAUUUCAUGUGUGCCAUUUCGUAUACCUCUGUGAAAAAUGACCUGCCUGGAAAGUGACUUCCUGAUUCCCUGACUCAUGAUGAAUGGAAAUCCACAGUUGGGGCAGUACUUACCAGAUGUACAUUUGUUUUCAGGAAACAGCGGUCAUUUAUAGAGUUUUGGCAACACUUCUCACCUGAUAAUUUCUCUCAUAAGGUCCCAUGUUUUGAUCAAGGUCCGUAGCUGAUGUUUAAUAAUUUGCACUAUCAUGAAUGUCUCAUUUCACUGGAAUUUAAUAAUGAAACGUACAAGCAAUUUAAUGAGUGUUGGUGAGGUUGGGUGUACAGUCUUCAACAGACCCACAACUGGGAAGGAUAAAGUGCAAUUAAGUUUUGUUUUUAAAUAUUCACACUUUCCUGUAAAACAAAAGUCACUUGAGGUAAUAAAUGAUUUUAUAUUUUUAA